CGGAGGUGUGUCGUAGCACGCACAGUGAGCAUCCGGCACAUCUGAUCGCCCGCCGCUGUCGGUAGAGAGGAUAGCGACGAUGUGUGACUACUUCUUAGAGCGGGCGCAAGUCAGCGUAGCCGCAGUCUCCGCCUAGGCGCCGCCGCUGAAAGCUUCUCCCGACGGUGCUGGCGGAUUUACGUAGCGAUGAAUCCAGAACGGCGCCGCAAUCGAGUUCAGGCCCUCGCCACAACGCGGCACCACAAUGCAACGGCCGCUGUGCUGCUCAUCUUCGUGUGCUGGUAUCUGUCGGCAGUGGUGGGUACUACCAACAGGAACCUGCGCGUCAGGAGUGUUCCCUCGGUCGACGGUAUCAGCAGCAGUCUGUACGAGGUGUACGUGCCACCUUACUUCUUUGACGGCCCCGUGGUAACGGCGCGCGCCUCGCUGAGCGGCUCCAACACGGAGGCGGUGGGCGAGCUGCGGCUGGAGCAGGCGGCGCCGCCCUUCGGUCCCGUGGCGGUCCGCGGCAACGCCACGGGGCUGCCGCCGGGACUCUACCGUCUCUUCGUCACCAUACUGGGAGACCUGCGCGACGGCUGCGACAGCCUCCAGCCCGCCUACAGCCCUUACCAGGUGUCUGCGGAACCGGGCGUGCUGGCCGACCUGGGCGGGGUGGUGGCCGGUGACGACGGCGCGGCGGCGGUGAACCUGCUCGUGCCGGUCAUCUCCCUGACGGGGCCGCGCGGCGUCGCCGGCCGCGGUCUGCUGCUGAGGAAGGAGCCGCCGGGCGCCGCCGCCAUCUGUGGCACCGUCGCCUACAGCCGGCCCGUGCAGCCCAGACACCCGCACCCCCACCCCCACCAGCCGCACGGGCCGGGAGAUGACGCCUCGCAGGACAACGCCGAGGAGCUCACCGCCUGAUCACACUCACUGUAGCAACUCUCGCUCGGUGCACAGCGCUUCGCCAUCCUUGUCCAAUGGACACUGGCACAUCGAGGCCAUCCUAGUGGACAUAUCCUCUUGACUGGCAACAAGGUCCCACAAGUUAAUGCCAAAGGCCUCGGUUACCACGAAUAGUGCAGCAACUCACUCGGUGCACCGUGCUUCGUCAUGCUUAUCUAAUAGCUCACGGAUACGCCAAUAAUAGAAUUACAUCAGCUGGCAUGAUGAUGGACAUAUCCCCUCGACUGAGGAAUUCCCACAAGAUAACGCCAACUGAGCACCACAUUCACAUAGCAACUCACACUUCAGUUCUCGACGUCCGUGUCUAAUGGUUCACUGAUACAUAAACAAGAAAAUUAUGCCAGCUGACAUCAAUAUGGACACAACCUCUUGAAUGAAUGACGAAGACGUCCCACACGAUAACGCUGAAAACCUCAUCAUCCGAUUACCGCACCUAGUACAACAAGUCACAUGCGGUGAAUAGUGCUUCGUCAUACUUAUAUAAUGGUCCAAUAGAUACUAACAACGGAAUUAAAUCAGCUAGUAUCAUGAUAGGAAUAUUCUCUCGAUUUCAUUGUAUUGUCGAAAGUGAGAUCGUCGUUCAAAUACGAGUACUAAGCCUACUUGUCAACCAUGUGUUUUCAGAAUAUCUAAGAUAGCAAUAACGGGGCACCAACUUGACCACAGCAAGAACCGUUGAUCCACUGAGCAACAUGAACACCUGUCAUGAUACAAAUCACUAGUUUCUGUCCUCCAGUAUUUAUGAACCGAGAUUUUGUUGAAUCAUCGUAAUUACAAUAUGAGAAGGCACCUUACUAAUAUAUAUUACUUAGUUGCUUGGCAGCUGAAAUCUGUAACUGUAAGACAUUCAUUUAUUCAUAUUCGUGAUAAAUUCUAUACAAUUAUUACAUGAUC